UGAAGAAUGGUCAUCUUCCCCUAACAUCCAAAUUAAAACCAACGCAGCCCCAAAUCCAAAUUAACACAUCGCCGGCACCUUUGCUCUAUCUUCUCUUCUCUGUUUAUCUGUUUCAAGUUCAUCUUCUCCAUCAUUCUCCUACCGGCCAGCGAGACUGCUGCCUCUUCGCCGACGCAUGUCAUCAAUACAGGUAUCGGUGGAGAGAUUUGGAGGCGACUGAAUCGAACGAUCCACUUCAUGUGCUCAAUCCCUCUAUCAAUCUGCCUUAUCCAUCUCUGGAGAAGCUAGGGCAACAAAACCAACAACGGAAGAGGAGUGUCGCUUGGUGGUGAUGAACAGUUGGGGAGCAGCAGCUCACAUGACAAAUAAUGAUCAUAUUUCCUUCUGUGGAAACAAGCUUCUUUGCUGGGACAAAGGCAGAAAGCGGGGAUCCAGACAUCAAAUUCCGGCCUGCAAAAGAAGAUUAUCAUGGCUGCGUGGGAAAGAGGAUAGAGCAAGUGUGGCCGAAUUCCUAAAGGUCCGAACAAUGCUUCAAAUACUCAUGGAGAUGGAGAACCUUUUUUGGAAGGAGAGGGCAAAAGAAUUUUGGCUCGAAGAAGGUGAUAUUAAUUAUCGCUUUUUCCAUAAUGCUGUGAAACAAAAGAGAAGAAGGAGUAGGAUGACUGGUAUCAAAAUGGAAGAUGGAUCAUGGAUUACAGAUAGGGCAAAGUUGGAAAUGAUUGCCAUGGAUUAUUUCUCCUCUGUUUUCCAGGCUAAGAGAUCAGAGGGGAUUUUGCUCACGUCACAGCUAAUCAAAAUAAUAUGUUGUUAAAACUUAUUUGUCCGGAAGAGGUUAAAAUGGCUAUUUUUGGCAUGCACCCGGAGAAGGCGUUGGGCUCCGACGGAAAGAAUCCAGCCUUUUUUCAGGCCUAAUGGGUGUGUUGAAGGAGAAUGAAGGAAAAGUGGGCCUUUCGAUGACUAGAGGAGGGAAGAAAGUUGAGAGGGUGCUAAGGGAUGCGCCAGCGGGCCCAGA